UAAUUGGCUCAUCAUUUUAAUUCAGUAGUAUUUCAAGGUUUAGAAAUAUCGAAAACAAUAUUAACAGAGACACAGUUAUUUAAAGUAAGUCCAUUUUCUGGGUGAAUAUUCUCUUGAGCGUUUUGUCUAAUGUUAAUUUCAUUUGAAGCUGUAAUAUCUAUAUUUAUGCCAAGUGCUUGGCCCAGAAUGUUUUCUGAAAUUCUUCUUUUAUUUUCUAAUGAAUUCUCAACAUAGCGUUCGGCUUCACCGUUGGAUUUCCACCCUCCAUGUUGCUUUAUUUUCAGAAUGUCCGCUUCUGAGUCUACCAAGAGAGAUGAUGACAAGCGUCUGAAACCAUAUCCUAUGGACUUUUCCGCAAUAGGUAUACCCAGGUACUGAGAAAUCUUUGCUUGUAAUUUUCCAAUGUUAUUUAUGCGUACGGGUUUUAUGCCACAUUUUCCAUUAUAAUAUCGAAGCGAAGAUAUUGUUGGCCAUUUAUUUGACCAUAAAGCUGUUGUGACCGCGCAAGUUGCUGUGAAUGGUCACACGAUAACGAAAUAAUAAUUGAAUGGAUUGAAAAGAUUGUGUGACGCUGUUAGGAGAAAGCGGCCACAGCUUUGGACAGGCGGAGACUGGUUGCUGCAUUACGACAAACUAUCAAUAGAAUCUUGUGAAGCAAAAUUUAACAAAGCACCAAGCUGUACAGCUUCACCUGCCUUUUUCUAGUAUUUUCAUGUGGUUAUUUCCCAAAUUAUAAACGCACUCAAAUGACAACAGGUCGAUCACAAGUAGAUAGUUCAAACUAUUGCGAUGAAUGCAUGAGAGACAAUAAUCAAAAUUUGCUUCAGAAAACCUUUGGUAAACAUGUCGCUGGAUCAUGAAGAAUAACAUUAUGCGAAAAUAUGAAAAUGGGCUCCAUACAUUCCUUUCUGUUAACAUUUAUAAAUCCUAGAACUAUAAAGCAAAUGUGAAAUUUUGGAAAUUUUUUGACACUUCAUUGCUUCGUGAUUGAAGCGCAAUUUUAAAAAUGAAGUUUAAACUUCAAACGUCGGCUUAAACGACAGAUACCCACUUCUUUUAUGUUUUAUAGAUUGCGUUUACAGAAAAACUUUGGUUUAACUAAUACCGGUGAUAGUUUCAAAUUUAGUUAAGCAUGAAACUUAGGAUUCCACCCUAGCUUUUUCAAAGCUUUAAUGUUUUAACGAUAUGGUCUUGAGUAAGGAGUUGUGGAUUUGAAAAAUGUCAAACUAAAUCCACUUUAUAUUUGAUAAAGUUGAUGAAAUUAUCAACAUUAUCGAUACGCCGAAAAAACAAAAAGUUAUUCGUUCCAGAGCGAAUCUUUAAAUUGUCCCACAUUUUUUAAAUUUGUUGAUCUAUCGAAAAUAUGAUUGUUCUUGUUAUUUUCAUUAUUAAAUUUCUAUGCAGACUCCUCCCAUUUUUUUCGUUUCCUUUCAAGUUACCGUAUCACUUUUUUAUGGAUUCGACUGUUUCUUUAUAUUUCUUUACUAGCACUACUUUAUAAAUCUUUAUUGCACGAUUUUUUUUGUGUCUUGUACAUUUUUCUUUAUAAAACCUUCUUAAACAAUUAAACUUUAAAACAAAUAUCGAAAAAAUUUGGGAAAACUAGCAGAAAAUCUUUUUCAUUCUUUGUUCAAACUAGAGUAAAAACCAUAGUUUGAACUUUAGAUUAAUUUUCAGUUUUACCCUAGGUUGUAAAAUUGGCCUGUAGCAGUUGCCUCAUUUCAGUCAAAAGCAUUAUGUUAUUGACAGAGAACUAGCAUGUUUUUUCAUUAAUUUUUGUUUAUCCUUUUUAAAACAACUUCAAAACCAGUUAUAAACGAAUAAUUACUUCGUUUUCAGAAUUUGCCUUAUGCCUUUACUAUUCUAUCAAUCAAUACACUUUCUCCCUUCAAUUUCAGAGAGUAUCACUUCGUGAGGGCAUAAGUUGUAUAUUAUUUAACAUUUUUCGUGAUGAACUAAUAUUAAGUCAAUAUGGAAAACGUAUAGGAAGAAGAGAGUACUUACUGGUUUCAGUUGAAGUAUAAUGUCAAACGAAUCAGAGACGAGAGUUUCUCUGGAAGAAGAUAAAGGAUUUUCGAUGGUGUUAAAACACAAAAUAGAUAAACUAAGAAAUAUAAUAACGGUGGAACCAUUGGUAGGAUUCUAUCAAUUAGGACUAUUUUUAACGAAACCGGCAUUGGAUAGCUUAGAACUUGAAAAAGCUUGUAGGAUAAGUUUAGGAUAUAAUGAUACAGUAUGUAAAGCUGUUAUUGGAGGUAACCAUCAGCAGUUUUCAGACGAAAAUGACAGCAUUCAGGUUGUAGUGAGUAAAAUGCAUAUGUGGCAACACGUAAUGCAGAGUAUAGUACCAUUACUUCUUAUCAUUUUCCUUGGCACCUACAGUGACAAAUACAAAUGGAGAAGGCCGUUUUUCAUAAUACCUCUGGUAGGACAUCUCAUAGGUAACAUAGGAUGUAUGUUGUGCGUCUUAAACAUGACAACUUGGCCGCUAGAAGCUCAAGCUGUAUUCCAGAAAGUAGUUCCUUCGAUAUGUGGAUCUCAAGUAAUAGUUUCGAUGGCUACGACGGCUUAUAUAGCUGAUGUGAGCGAUGUUAAAUCUAGAACAUUCAGAUUAGGAGUGACUACAAUAGUAAUAAAUAUCUCGGUACUUUUAGCUAAUUCCAUAUCGGGUGUUGUUUUUACGAAAAUCGGCUAUAACGGUGUUUUAUCAGUUUCAUCGUUGAUGUUCAUUCUAGGUAUUAUAUACGCUUCAUUAUGGAUCAAAGAAUAUCAACCAACUUUCGAGAAAAAUAAAUUAGUACAUUUAUUUAUGAAUAUGUUUGAUCCUAAAAAUGCCAUGGAAACUAUCACAGUCAUUUUUAAAACGAAGGGGAAAAGUAAACACCUGUAUGCGAUGCUAUUAUUCGUCAUGAUUUAUCAAUCUGCUCUAGAAGGAGAAAAUAACCUACUGUAUCUUUACGUACAAAAUGUGUUCCAUUGGACUGUCGUAGAUUAUGCUUACUUUUCAACUGCAAAUUCUGCAGUAUCAGUAUUCGGUAAUAUUUUAGGAUUAUGUGUGUUCGUGAAAAUUCUAGGAGCUGGUGAUCUUGUUAUUUUAUUUAUGACGGUAUUAACGAAAUUAAUUUCUGAAAUAAUAUUUGGUUGCGCCAAAUCAUCUGUUGUAUUCUAUAUAGGUACUAUAGCUGGUAUAGUAACAAAAUUGUACAAAAUAAUAAAAAGAUCAUAUGCGACAAAAUUGGUAACGCGAGAAGAUACCGCAAAAACCCAAUCGCUAUUUAGUCUUUCCGAAGCCAUUUCCCCAGCUGUGGCUGUACCUCUAUAUAAUUUAAUUUAUGUUAAUACCUUACAUACUUUUCCAGCUGCUGCCAUAUUCUUCAGCGUGUUUCUUUACAGCAUUUGUUGUUGCCUAGUAUUGUGGAUGUACUGUUCAACCAAAAUAGAAAAUAAUAAUGAAUUUAUUGAAGGAGAAGGUCGAUACAAGAAAACAGAAACGGAGAUUCUUCAUAUGUGAUUUUAUUUAAAUAAAUUUAUUAUUCUA